AUGGUGUUGGAUUGCUACUCGGAAUCAUCUUUGACUCAGGCCGAUGCAGUUUGUUUGAUAUUCGAUGUCAACAAGAAUGUGGUUCGUUUUUAUAGCCCUUUAAGGCGUAUUAAUGGUUUUGCUGCCAUACUUGAAGAUGAAGAAGCUGCCCAGGUAGCCAAUUUCGGCAGCUUCACACAACUCGAACUGGGUUCGUUGUUACGAUCAUUAGGCCUUACACCGAGCCCUGAUCAGCUGGAUGCAUUGAUACAGAAAGCGGAUACUAAUAGUAAUGGUUUUGUGGAGUUUUCGGAGUUUGUGGCGCUUGUGGCUCCCGAGCUUCUGCCUGCGAAGUCGCCUUAUACGGAUGAUCAGUUGAAGCAGUUGUUUAAGAUGUUUGUUAGGGAUGGAAAUGGGUUUUUAUUACUGCGGCUGAGUUGGCGCAUUCCAUGGCGAAGCUGGGACACACGUUGA